AGAAAGGGUAGCAUCGUAAUUAACAUCAACACUGGCUCCAUUUCACAAGCCUAUGACCGUUACACUUGGCUAAAAACAAUCCUAAGUGCGUCGUCACCUUCAUUUAUUGCCACCAUCUUCUCUUCACUCUGCUCUCUCUGCUGCAACCCACCAUUCAUUCAUCCACCAGAAAAAAAAUAAUAUUCAUACACCAAGAUAAGCAGAUAGCAGCAGCAGCAGCAGCAGCUUUUACAACAUGCUCCAAUAACAACCCAACAAUGGAUUCCGACCGUCCACCACCACCACCACACCGCCCUACCACCACCAGCGACCUCUUCAUCUGCUUCACCUCCCGCCACCACUCCUCCUCCAUGAAACUCCCUUCCAAAUCAUCAAUCUUGUCACCCGGUCGAACCGGUCUAACCACUUCCCUCAGCCGCCGACUCAGAACCAACCGGAGCAUCAAAGGCGCUGCUUCUCCGGCCAUGUUUCCGGCCACCGGAAAGAAAAAAGGGUCCGGGUUUGAAAACCCAGAACCCUCUUCGCCCAAAGUUACUUGCAUCGGUCAGGUUCGGAUUAAGAGUAAGAAGAAACACCGGUUAAGGAGUUUGUCACGCCGGCAUAGCACCGGAGAUGUGAGUUUUAGAAAGCUUGAAAGGAAAAGUUUGAAUAUUAGUCGGAGUUUUGGGAGUAGCAAUGAGAGGAAUAAUAGUAAUAAUAAUAGUCAGAGAUGGGUUCAUCUUCCUUUGACGAUUUGUGAAGCUUUAAGAGCGUUUGGAUCGGAGUUUAGUUGUUUGUUUCCUUGCCGGAGUUCUUGUUUUUCUCCGGUGAGGGAGAGAGAACGGAAGAUGACGUCAGAGAGAGAAGGUGGUUCUGGUCCAUCUGGACCUUCUGGUUCUUGUGCUGCAGUGUUUACACGGUGGUUGGUGGCGUUUCACGACGGAGAUGACAGUGGGAGAGGUGGCCGGAGAGAUGGUGAACUUGUGGUGGAGGAUAGGGAUGAGGAUGAAGAGGAUAGGAUGUUUAGGGCUGCUAGAAGACAUGUGUUUGAUGAUUUAGAGAUAGUGAAUAAUAGGAUUCAAGGAAGUGUAGAUGAACCAAGAGUGAGCAUUUGUAUACCACCAAAGAAUGCUUUGUUGUUGAUGAGAUGUAGAUCUGACCCAUUGAAGAUGGAAGCACUUGCUAAUAGGUUAUGGGAGUCAACUGUUGGUCAAAGUGAUGACCAAGAUGAAGACUUUGUUGUUGAAGAAUAUGAGGAUGAAAUACAACAAGAAGCAUGCUAUUUGAAACAAUCUAAAGCUAAUGAUCAAGAACAUAAAGCUAAUGUAGCUGUUCAAGAACUGUUGGUGGAAGAAUGUAUUGGUGAAGAAGAACAAAUCCCAGAAACCAAUGAUGAAAAUGAUGAUGAAUUGACCUUUUUUGGGUCAUUAUUUGAUGAAAUGGUGGAUCAAGAUCAAGAAAAUGAUGACUCAGAAGAAAAUAUAGAGCAAGUCAAAGGGUUUGCAGAGAGAUCUGAGACGACGGUUGCAGAGUCAAAGGAGAGAGAGAGUGUUUUAGAGAGAGAAGAGUUGCCGGAGUGUUUGUUGUUGAUGAUGUAUGAGCCCAAGUUGUCAAUGGAGGUUUCAAAGGAAACAUGGGUAUCAAGUAAAGAUUUCAUCCGGCGCCAGCCAAGCCGGAAAAAACCGCCGGCACCACCACCGGCGCCGGUCAAACCAAACGCCGGUCAGUCAACGGUCAGUACCACCGCCGCCGCCGCAGCCACCACCACCACGGCUACACUUCCUAGUGCAUCUAAAUGUGAUAAACAUGUUCUGGCUUCGGCUUCAGCUUCAGCUGCGACUGCGGCUUCGGUCCAGCCGGGUCGGUCGUCAUGUUCGUUACCGGCGCCGUCGUCAAUGGCGGAGAUGCUAGAGCAGAAGCUGGUGAAUGCGGUGGGGUAUGAGCCGUUUGUGUUAACGAGAUGCAAGUCGGAGCCGAUGAAAACGGCGGCGGCUAAGCUGGCGCCAGAUAAUUGUUUUUGGAAAAACAGGAAGCUGGAGCCGCUGCGCCGAGCUUCAUUUGGGGUCGGCGCGGCUGGGAUAGGGUGUUAAAACUAUUUUUAUUGAAGAAGUCAAAAAUUCUAAAAAACAAGAAAAGAAAAAAGACAAGGUUGUACUGUAAAACAGUCUGAGCAGAAGGUGGGCUUGGCCAUGUUGUACAUUGUUUAGGAAUUUAAUUUAAUUAAUUUAAAUUCAUGAUACACUUGUUUAGCUUAAUAAUGUGUACCAUAUAUGUUGCAUUUAGUGGUUGUAUGGUACAAUCACUCAAUGUAUAUAGCAAUUGGAUUGUACAAGUAUGUGAUGCAUGGAUUGAUGCAAGUACAUAUGUAGCUAGCCACAGUGGGAGUGUCGCCUUUAGGCUAGGGGAUUGGUCAUUCUUGGUACUUGUUUUUCUUAGAAAUUGAUGUUUGUCUAUGCUUUAUUACUCA